GCAGUACUGUAAGUGUCACUGUUAGUGUCACUGUUACUGUUGCUGUUACCGAUUCAACGCCAUCGUCUUUCACAUACGAUGCCAGACCUGGAGCAAAAUGACUGUUGCGAUGCCGUGUUAUUCUGCUUCUGUAAUCUCGCUGGGAUUCUUUCGCUCGCUCUGUCUGUGGUCUCGGUAACGCUCGGCACCGUCUUUCACAGGGUCUUGUGAUUGUUACAACUGCCGUCGCAACUGUUGUGCACGACGUUUGUGUUUGUGGUCGCACCACAUCGAUGGCAAUGCAACAUGCAAUACCAACAGGUUUACAAGGAUGCUUUCGUCUCGCUGCUUGUUUUCACAAAACAAGAUUCGAGCAGACCAGACCAGACCAAAGCGGAGUAGAACAGAAUUCACGAGGCGCGAAACAAAACAAGAAAAGCCAAGAAACAAAGGACGCAAGAACAAGAAGGACCAUGAUGUUCGAAACUGCUCUCGGCGCCAUCCAUCUGGCGGUCAGCGCGAUGGUCAACGGGCUCUGUUGUCACUGUAACAGUUACUACCGGAUGAACGAAGAACACCGGUGCCGAAACGAAGACCCAGCUGUCAUCUCGACGGGCUCCCACCGUUGCCACUGCAAGGCUUGUUGCCACUGCAAGUGUUGCUACCACUGUCGCUGCAAGUGUCACUGCCAGUGUCGCUGCCACAAACCAUAUUGCGUACCGGGAAUGCUUCGAACCAAUGGCGGCCCCGGGACGAUCGAAGCGCAACCAGAUGCAAAUGCAAAUGCAAACGCCGACCGCAGGCAGAAACUGAUGGCCCAAAAGGCGGGGGCGGCGGCGGCCUUGGCGGGGAAUGCUGCGGACCACGGGAGGCGAAGCCACCGAGGCCCUUGCUUCGAUUUCUGGGCAGGCCCCAUUGAAAUUGCGACCAAACCGCAAACGCACCGUCUUGCCAACCGCUGCCGCCACCAAGCAUCGCCCGCUGCGGCGAUGGACGAAAGCAACGAAAGAAUCCGCCCACCCAAUUCCGUUUCGAUCCCGAAACCACCGACCGAAACGAUCCACUCGCCCUCGGAUGGUUUGUCGUUGUCCCUCCAAGACGAGGCCGGCUUGGAAGACAUCCGGAUCGAGUGACGCGACGCGACACGACGCGAUGCAAGCCAUGCGGUGUGCGAACCAACACAGGGCCCGCCACGAAGGCCACGCCCGCCCACGCCUUGCGCUCGGUGCGAACACUUGUGCGAACACUCUUUGCCCGGAAUCGACUCGACUCGGAAACGACCCGGAGCGUGGGAGCGAUUGCCAUCCCGGGCAGCGCGCCCGGAUUGGGCCGACAACAGUCCCGGCGUUGCAAGACAGAGUUGAUAGAAUAUUUCGUGUAGUAGGAUUCAUUCAUUCAGACACUACAAAAAUAACAAUACCGUAAGGUACAGUACUGUAUGAAAAACACUGAAGCACUGUAUUUGUGACGAGCACACCAAAUUUUAUUUAAUUUUCGAAUUCGAUUUGAAUCUUCGAAAGCGAUCGAACCGAAAGCAGAUUCUUCCUUUCCGGGAAUGCAAUGUGAACUAUGGUUCCACCGUACAAAUGGUUGGUUCGAGGUCCUUCGAUUAGGACUCCUGCCGUAGACUUUCACUUCCCCGAACCCUUCUCGCGCGUUGGCAUGGGAAUCCCACCGGGCUUCGGCCGGACGCCACGGAGGACGCUGGUUCUCGAAAAGAAAAAAGGACCCUCGUCUCCCUCUCGAAUCGGUGCGUCGCCACUCGUCCGCAUCGGGAGUCGCACCACCGGUCGGAAGGGAUCCUCCGACGAAACCGAUAGCGACGACGAAAGGUCGUAGGCUCGGGGCUGCGGUGCCCAGAUUUUGCUGAGCUGCCUGCGUGCCCAGCCGGCAUCAAGGGGUGGUGGCGAAGAAGCGCGGGGAUCGCCCGCUUUCGGCAGGGGCGAAGGCUGCCUCCAGAGCGCAAAGACGUCCACGCCGCUUUCCCCGAAGAAAAAGUGGUCCGCGACCCGGGUCAUCCGGGGCCGUUCGUGGGGGAACCGGCGCAGGAGCUGCCGGAUCAGAUCCCGGGCCGGCUCCUCCGUGCUCGAGGCGUGUGGUUCGGCAAAGAGGAUGCUCUCGCCGUUGCUCCCGCUCUCGCCGCGGGCUCCCCCUAGGUCGAACGCCACGAUGCGUUGCUUGGCGAUCCGGUCGUCGGCCUCGGGUAUGGGGGGGCGUCCGGUCAAGCACUGGUACAUGACACAGCCCAGCGCCCACGAGUCGGCUGCGAGCGUCGGGAACGAUCCCAGAGCGACCUCCGGGGGCAAAUAAAUCGUCGUUCCUUCGAUGCGGAGGUCGGUGUCCGGAUCGUAGUCUUGUAGAAAGCCAUCGGUUUUGGUUUCGUCGUCGUCGUUUUCGUCGUCCAUGUCGAAAGAUUUGGCCUUUGUUUCUGUUUUCUUCCAGCCGCCGUCUCUCAGCUGAAGGAAUGCAUUUCUCGCGCUGUCGCGAAUCAUUUUCUUAGCGGCCUGGGUCACAGGACGGCAUCCACCAAAAUCGGUGAGCUUGACGUGUCUGCUUUCUGUAAUCACGAUAUUCUCUUGGUGAAUCGACAAAGGAGGGGGAGGGGAAUGCAAGCGAUCAUUUUCAGCGACGGCUCUCGACGAUGCAAACGGCACAAUAGCAUUAGCAUUAAAUCAUCGGUAACUUC